GAUAAAUACGAGAGGAGAUAUGUAUAUAUUUAUUAUUCUGUAGAGCCACUAAGUACGUCAGUUUCUUCUAGCUAUCGUAGAACAAUUAUCACUUCGAUAUAACAGCAAUGAAAAUUCGAAUUUUGCUAUUUCUCUUUGUUCUAAUUUUUCUUAUAACCGAUAACGUCAACGCUGGAAGAAAUUUCUUUUCCCGAGGAUCUUCGUCAUGGGGUCGAAGCUCUUCGUCAUGGGGACGAAGCUCGUCGUCACCGGGUGGUUCUAGAUCUAGUUCAAGUAUUUUUGGACGUAGUAAUACAUCGGGUAGGCGCACGACAGGAUCAAGUUCUUAUGGAAGUUUAUCUGGCAGACAUACAACAGGAUCAAGCUCAGUUACACAUGGAAGUUCAUCUAGUGGACAGAGGACAGGAUCAAAUCCGGUUGGGCAUGGAAUUUCCUCAAGUCAAACUUCAUAUCAGCAAAAUAAAGACUCAAGUACAUCAUUCUUGCACGGUGAAGGGGGAGGUGCUAUUCGACCAUCUCAAACUAAUCCUACACACUCUUCUUUUGGUCAGCCAUCAGCACCAUAUGGAAACACAGGAACAUAUACUAGAAGUCAAACAGGGAAAAUAGGUUUUACGACAGAAAACAAACAAAAUUCUGCUUCUAAUCCUUAUAAUCCAUCGGCUCCAUCGGCACCAUCGUCAGGUCAUAUAUCGAAAUCCACCAUGGUAUCUUCACAAAGCCAUGCUCCAACUUCUUUUGGCCAACCGAGCGCGCCUUUCAACCCGUCGCAGGGAACUGUACCUCAUAACAAUCCUGCAUGGAGCAAUUCCCAUUACAAUCCGAGUCAAUCUCAUCCGCCAAUUCCUGUCUCAACUAACAUCGGAUUUAAAGAUCAUUUACGUCCUACAUCGAUGCCCGUUCCCUCCCACGUUCCUUCUGCACCUUAUCCACAUGCACCUUACCCUGUUUCCACUUCUAAUCAACGUCUCUCUUAUCCUGUUCACUCCGUCGCUAAUCAACCUCAUUCUACUUACAAUCCCAGCCACUCUUUUCCUAGUCAUCAGAUUGGACAUCCCACUAGUUAUCCGGCACAUGUUCCGCCGCCUGUACCGGGCACAUUCGGCAAUCCUUAUGCUACACACCCGGUUGGUAGUGCGUACGGUUCCACAGGACCUAGCUAUUAUCCUCAACAACACAUGUUGGCGCAACCAGCAGCGCAACCGUACAUACCUGGGCAUACGGUCAUUAUGGCUCCCGGUCAGCAAGACAGUGGCAGAGGCUUUGGUCAGAUGGUAAAAGAGGCACUCGUGUUCUCUACUAUUAACGCUGGUGUGAACAGGCUGUUAAAUCCACAUCAUCAUCACUUCGUAUCGGACAGCAGCAGACCAGCUAGCAGCAGUACUACUACGAGCGAAACGCAUAUUACUUAUAACAAUCAUUAUUUUAACGGCAGUCCUACAGGUAACACACCUGUUGUACCGCCUUCUCUAAAUCAGGGAAGUGUCAGUUAUCCUGCCAAUUAUCCAAGUCCAGUGAAUAAUCCAGGAGUAUCGAUUCCUACAAUCGUUAGCGGGAACAACGCUAGCGUCGUGAAUCCAGUUGAUUCUUCCGUUAGUAUGACAGAUAUAACCAAUAGCACUGAAGGUUUUUCAGCUGUUCCUCCAAACGGAUAUCCUACCAACAAUACGAUGAAUAAUCAAGAAUCAGAUCAAUGGGCCAAUAGUAAUAUGCCACAAUAUAGAAUAUCAGAUGGUGAAUUGUGGACGUUAACUGAAGAAUUAUUCGCGCUACAAGAAUUCGAUGUAUCCAAAUAUUUGACGUUACAUCUACAGAGUGCAGUUAAAUCCCCGAAUAUAACAGAUAAAGCUAAAGAACCAUUAAUUCACGUGCAAUCAGAGGUUUACGAGUAUCCGACCAUUUUAGCUAUUCGAGCGCUCUAUGACAAUUACGAGCACAAUUCCACUGUGAAGGAGAACCGUACUAUCACGAAGCGAAAGGCAGAAGAUCUUUUGUUGGAUGUGUUUCUAAACACGAAUGUGAUGGCUAGAGCUAUGAAAUGGUUGUCGAUUCGAGGUUUUAUUGAUCCGGAUGAUUUUGAGUGGAAAGACACUUUGCGACAUAUUUGGUUCAGCCAAUUUAAUGGCGCCACUUCAGGGUUUGAGCGUGUUUUUAUAUCCGAAAGAUACGGUUACGAUCUUCUUGGUGUGCAGGAUUGGAUUUAUUUUGAAUAUCAAGAAUCCAAGAAUCGUAUCGAUUACAAGGGAUACGUCGACAUGUUAAAAUUAGGAGAUAACGCCUCGUUAGUGAAGCUGAACUUCCAAAUGGAUGAUAUUAUCAGGCCAAAUGCGACGAUAUUCGUGGGUACUCUUCCUGAACUUGAAAUGUCCUUGUAUACGAUAUGCUUUUUCGCUAGGCCCAACGACUUAUGUCCCGUCUCUCUCGGUGGCAACAAAUUCAAUAUUUACACACACUCGUUUAGAUAUUACGGGAGAGAUCUCAUAGAUCUCGCACUUCCCAUUUUCUAAUCAUAUUAUUAUAUAAGUAAAUUUCUAAAAUCAUAUUACAGUACUCUCUAGAUAACUUUCCGCCCAAGGGGCUGUAGGGGCGGAAAAUUCUUGGGAACGGAAAGUUAUCGAAAGAGUACUGUAUUAUAUAAAUAAACGCUUCAACAUGUGAGUUAUCAAACGUGUGUAAUAUAUGCGGAUGUAAUUUUAGUAGAAGACUACAUAAUAAAAAUUAUUAUAGAAUGUAAA